AUGCUGCGCUGCGCGUACUCCGGGGCGGCGCCCGCAGGCGCGGCUGCCGAGCAGCUGCUGGCCUGCAUGGUGCUGGCUGACAGGUAUCAGCUGCGCCACUGCGUCGAGGCGUGCGGGCGCGCCAUCCGGGCGCUCGAUGGCGUGCGCGUCAGCUGGCCCGCGGCGCUGGCGCUGCUGCGCCUGCCGCCGGGGCUGCAGGAGGCGGCCGCCUUCAGCAGUCUGGCAGAGAAAGCGUACCAGCGGGUGCGGGCCGACUUCCAAAACGUGGACGUCGCCUUCCAGCGCGCCCGCCUGCGGGCCGCGUUCCUGCAGCUGCCGCGCGGCGCGGUGGAGCACCUCCUGCGCGCGCAGGAGCUGUGCACGGUCAGCGAGAACACGGUGUUCCUGGCGGCGGCGAGCUGGCUGCGCGCGAGGGAGAGGGAGGCGGCGGUGGCAGCGGAGGAGGGCGGGGCGGGGGCGGAGGGUGGUGAUGCGCUGGAACUGCUGAGGCUGGUGCGCUACCCCCACAUGAGUGCCAACUUUUUGGCCGCAGUGGCCGGCCACGAGCAGCUGCUGCGGCGCCACCCUGACUUCCAGACGCGCCCGAUAGCCGACCGGCCGCCGCACCUCGCACGGCCGCGGGGCCCCUCCUGCCACCCCUCUGGUGUUGCCGACCCUCGCGGCGGGCGGCUGCUGCCGCGCGCGCGCGGCAGCGAGGGCGCCACCAGCGCCUUCACCUCGUACAUCGCGCGGGACGACCUGCACACCGCGAUCAGCAAGUACCGGGCGAGCAGCUGCCGCGAUGCUACCUCCUGA